AUGCACCCUACAAAAUCCAGCACUUGUCCCGUCCUCAGACGUCCCGCUCCGGCAUUCCCUCCAGACAUAAUUGACUUGGUCGUCGACGAACUCGCCGACAGCUCCAUUAGCUACGAGAUCCGUCAAGCUCUCAUGCAGAUUUGCACCGCAGUCUCCAGGUCGUUCCGCUACCGAGCCCGCAGGAAUCUUUUCUCUGAGCUGGAGCUCGUCGUGCCUGCCGACACGUAUGAGUACUUGCCAAUAAAGAGGUUGCGGGAACUCUUCGAUAGUGAUAACACGCUUCAAGAAUACGUUAAGAAAGUCACUCUUAUCAUCCAGCUCCCCUCGACGACCAACAAACCGCCUGCAUACGAGGCCAACAUCCCAUCAUCCUUGAGAAGCUGUACCGCCUCACCGCUUUUGGGAUACGCACAUGCUGCGCGGGAGUCAGGUCCGAGCUUGUUCCUGCGUUCGAUUGGUACAGGUGCAACGCUCGAGAUUGGACGAAGCUUUAUCGUUCACGUCGGUUACAUCGUGGAGCAGUGGACUUCGUUGAAGACCUUGAAGCUUGAUCCUGGUUGUAUUUUCGAGGACGAUGCAGAUGUACUGGACUCCAAUCAGGAUGUGGGGCAACCUGAGUCUCUGGAACUGGCUUGUCUAGGCCUCAUUGAAAGCCUGCAUUGGAUGACGGAAGAGCAGCUGAAGAUAUUUACUGCUCGUGUGAAGAGACUCUACUUUCAUGGCAUCGUGCCAUACUAUUCUUUCGACACUCUAAUGAACUUCAUUGAAACGUGCGUCGCUCUGGAGGACCUACGUGUUAUAAGGACUCCUGGUAAGUUUCGACGACAAGGAAUUGACAUCAACGUCAGCUUGGACUCAUCGGCGAAGCACCCCAUCUAUCUUUCCCCUCUCCCGAACCUUCGCACCGUGGAAAUCAUAGAACCAGGCAUAUUUCUGGAUGGGAGGCCAUCAAUUCAGGAGGCCUGCCACUAUAUGUUACCGGUUCUAUCACCCGACUCUGUAGUCGAAUCUUUGAUCCUCCAAGUCGGACUGAACUUCCUACAUGGCGUUCAAAGUGGGCUCUUCCCAGAGCACGAGAUCCUGGAUCCGACUAACUUGCAGUGGUGCGAGUUCGACCGCAGCCUCGCCCGCCUUCAUCACCUCAAGCACGUCGAAAUACGCCUCAAAUUCUGGUAUCACUACGCGCUUGGGAUCGAGGAGAGAGACGCGAUCCGGCGCGUCGUGAGGGAGCGGACGGCCGAGCGUCUCUUUCCGCUGGUAUCUGACAAGAAAGCGGCCGUGGUACGCAUAGAAAUUGAGAUGAAGGAGAGGUACCCACCUGGUCCGACACGGGAUGUGCAGGGGUAUUAUGAUGUCAUGUCGAAAUGCUUUCGACUGGGCUGGCAUUCAGACAAGACUGGGAGAGAGGAAGCCAACGACAAGAACCUGGCGAGGCAGGCGGAGCUUGUUUGGCGCCUGAGAAAUGAACGUUUAUAG